AUGGCCACACCCAAAUACACAUUCGAUGCCUCCCUCGCAGGCUUCAACAUCUCCAAGGCCGCCUUUCUCGCCGCCAACCCACGCAUUGCGCGCCUCAUGGCCGCCGCCAUGGUCUUCCGCCCCAACCCCUCCUCCCCAUCAUCCUCCCCGCCGCAGGCGCUCCUCAUCUGCCGCGCCGCCACCGACUCGUACCCGCUGACGUGGGAGAUUCCCGGCGGUAGCGUCGACGCCUCGGACGGCACCAUCCUCGACGGCGUGGCGCGCGAGCUCUGGGAGGAGAGCGGCCUCGUCGCCGCGCACAUGGCCGCGCCGAUCCUCAUGUCCCCCGAGGGCACGCUCACCGAGGCCAUGCGCGCGCGGCUCGGCAUCCAGCCCGCCGACGAGGUCCUGGGCCUCGGCGAUGACGGCCUCACGGUCACGUUUGUCGAGACGGGCAACACGUGGGCCAAGCUCACGGCGCUGGUCACGGUCCGGAGCACCGACGAGGUGGUGCUGAGGCCGGAGGAGCACGGCGAGGCGGCGUGGGUGACGGAGGAGGAUGUGGUGAGGGGCGAGCUGCCGGGCGGGGAGGGGAAGAAGAUUAGAUUCCUGAGUGAUGGCGUGAGGAGGACCAUUUUGGACGGGUUUCGCGUGUAUGCGCAAAGUGCCGCAAACUAG